AUGAAUAAUUGCUUUAGAGUUUGCUUUCACUUCAAAUCAAUUUUCUUGCUUUUUCUUUCGAGUCAAAGCUCAGUGGAUACAGUGGAGAAAUUGAAGUUAAUGUUUUUGAAUGAGAUCACAUCGUGUGGUCUUUUUCAAUUCUCGUAUUCAUUUUCUUUGUGGUCUCCGUUGAAAACGAUACAUUGUUGUCAAAUGGGUGAUUGCAAUCGAAUGAUUGAUGCGAUUUCGUGGGAUGAUGUUACCCUUUCUUUACACAAUGACACUGAUAAUGAUGUUCCAUAUGAUCCGGAUGAUCACCAUGGAAUGAAAGAUUCCUUUUUGCAGUCUCUAAUGAUGAUUCCAGAAGCUAGAAGAAAAGUCGACUCGGUUUUUCUCAUCACCGAUUAUGGAGUUGAUAUGAUGGAACAAGAAUAUCUCGAUCAGUUGUACCCAUUUAUUGGCAUGUUUCACAUAAUCGUUCUUGGCGGAAAUGUCGCAAAAUACUAUCCGAAUGCGAUCAUUGCUGAGGAUGCUCUCGAAUUGGUGAGAACAGUGCAGAUCCCGGCAAUGUGCGCUCCCCAUGAAUUGGGAGUGGUGACUGGUGGGAAUGUGAAUAUCUUUCAUCGAAGAGAACAUCCAACAACAACAACGACAAAGACUACUAAACUGCCUCUUCUUGUCACCAGCGCUCAUCCCGAAGCGAUCACUGAUCUUUGUCCAGAGUUGAGGAACGUCACUCUGAGUCCCGAGUUGCCAGUCGAUUUCCACGUUUUCGUGGCAUUCUCCGAGAAAAUGGGAUCAUCAGACGCGAUUUGUGUGCGCGAGAUGUUCCACCAAUUGCUCAACCUGGCACAUUUGGAAACGAAUUCCGGCACAAUCACAAUGCACGGCCCUCGAGCGCAAACUUUCGUCACAUGCGAGUGGGCGGACUACGAGAAAUGCCUUGAAGCAACCGAUAAACUGUCAAUGUCACUUGUUCAGGUGAGAACACCGGGCAUAAAUGAUGCGGAUCUUGAUUUCGCGCCUGAUGUUCUCAACUUUUUGCGUUCCGAAGCGAUCCGAGCCCAUGAGCAGAAAAGAAUCUUGAUCGUAAUCAUUUCGGAUUUUAUCUCAUUGGAGUUUCCAUUAAAUUCUUUAUUUUUCCAAGCGGCUAUGUCACAACAAAACAUCGAGUUGACAAUGGCUGUCGUGACUGAGUGGAAUCGAGUAACAAAGCAGGAUUUAUAUAAAUAUUAUGGAAAUUUGACUUCAACGAUCUAUGAGAUUCCGAGCUUUCAGAAUUUGUCGAUGUUGUUGGGAGUGUGGACACCAAUAAAGAGCACGUCAUCACCAACAACAACAACAGCCACUACCACCGCGAAUCCGACCAUCGAUGGAUCAACCACUCAAUUCAGCAAUAACUAUCCGACUCAACCAAAUUUUCAUAAGACUCAAAAAGUGCCACCGACAACGAUUUCGGAAACGACGAUUACCCCAACCAGCACACAUCAUUCAACCUCUUCAACUGCAAAUAACACAUCAUCAGAUGAACAAGACAAGCAUAAGCAUCCAAAGAUUCUCUACAUUCUCCUUGGAAGUAUUUGUGGAUUGGGAUUGAUAGUGCUUGGAUUGUAUCUAAUCUAUUUCAUCAUCAAGAAAAAUCGUUUCUUGAUUCGAGAGAACAAAAUGCUAACAUUACAGCACUCAUUGAGAUUGAGUGAUGAUGACGAGGAGGGGUAUCAAACAAAGAGCUCUUCUAUCACGGAAAUGCCAUUGGGAGUGAACUGGAUUCUCUCCGAGUUACAAAAAGAUCCAUGGGAAAUGGAUAGACAAAAGAUUAUUGUUGGGAGACAAGUGGGUAGAGGAACGAGUGGAGUCGUGUAUAAGGGUGCAUUAAUUGGUAAAUCUCCCGUCGAGGAAAUUCACAAGAAAUCGUUUUUCGCUUUUCAAUUUGACAAACAAGCUGUUGCCAUUAAAAUGAUGCCAUUGCAUUUUGAAGAAACAAAAAGACAUGCUUUCAUUGAGGAAAUCGAAAUAUUAAAGCAACUUUCCCCUCAUCCAAACAUUUGCGGUUUAUUGGGUUGUGUGAGCACAUUUGCUCCAUUAUGUAUGGUGAUCGAGUUUGCUGUUUACGGAGAUUUAAAGAGAUUUCUACAAACGAAGAAAAUCGUUGAGUGUCCAGGCACAGCUUGUGCCGUUCAUUCGGAUCAACCUUGUCUCAAGACGUUGAUCACUUUCUGCUGGCAGAUUGCUGAUGGAUUGAAAUUUCUCCAUUCUAAUCGACUUUUGCAUAGAGAUUUGGCAGCGAGGAAUAUUCUGUUGAAUCAGAGUGGAAACGUGCAAAUCUCCGAUUUCGGGCUGGCUGUUUGGAUCGAUCGACCCGAGAGAAAUAAAAUGAACCGUUUACCAAUCAAAUGGACAGCCAUUGAGACCCUUCGCUAUGGGGAAUUCUCAACCUUUUCCGACAUUUGGUGUUUGGGUGUGUGUUUAUGGGAGAUUCUCUCAAUGGGCAAAGAGCCGUAUUCACAUGUUUCGAACGAAGAAAUUCUCACGUAUUUGGCGUGCGGGAAACGGCUGAAACAUCCGAAAAAGUGCCCACAGCAAGUUUGGUCACUGCUUGAAUUGUGUUGGAGUGAGCAUCCGCGUGAUCGGCCGACCCUCGAUGCGUUACGUGCGGAUUUCGGACGAAUUUUGGAGGAUUUCACAGCCGGAUAUGGAUAUUUGGACUUACAGAAUGCUACUUUCAAUAACAUCACAUUCAAAGAGGAAAAGGCGAUCAUCGGAGUCACUUCAAUUCAUCCAUCUGGAACACACGAAAUCAUCGCUUCGCUUCUUCAACAUAAACCAUUGGAUGAGGACAAUCGUGUGGCUGCACCCGUCACC